UUUCAACUUACCAUUGUGUCAAUAGGCAUAGCUCACACGUGUGUGUGUGAAAGAAAAAAUCUUUCCUUUUUCCUGUUGAUUUCGCUGGACGGUGCUCUAAAGUUGUGUGUUUUGUAAAUUAUUUUGGUAUUUUAGCCGUAUUUUUGUGAUUUUCGGAAAAAUUAGACAAAAUGACUAAACUUAAGACAAAAGAUUUGCGCGGCAAACGCAAAGAUGAAUUGAUGAAACAAUUGGAUGAAUUGAAACAAGAACUUUCAAAUCUUCGUGUGGCUAAAGUAACUGGUGGAACAGCAUCAAAAUUAUCGAAAAUUCGUGUAUUUCGAAAAAAUAUUGCCCGUGUAUUGACUGUCUACAAUCAAACACAAAAGGAAAAUCUUCGACGUGUAUAUCGUGGCAAAAAGUAUAAACCAUUGGAUUUGCGUCCAAAAUUGACCCGUGCAAAACGUCGAGAAUUGACACCGAACGAAAAAGCCAUCAAAACGCGAAAGCAAAUACGACGUGAACGAUUGUGGCCACAGAGAAAAUAUGCAUUGAAAGUUUAAUAUCAAAUUCCUUUUUUUAUUUUUUAAGCAAGGGAAAAAUAAAUAUUUUUUCUUGUAAAUUUUUC